GUCUCUCUCUGUCCCAAAAAAAUAAAUAAACGUUGAGAAAAAAAAAAAAAAAAGAAAUAAGGCAGUGAUAGUACAUGGGAGGCCAGCUGCUGUCCGUGGUGGGGAAGGGCCUGGGAUGGAGCUGCUGCUACUCCCCAAAGGGUGCUGCCAGCACCCAGGUGCGCUGGAGAGCAGGCGGGGGUGGGGGCAGGUUUGCGCCACGGCCCACAAGAACACGAGAGAAGUGACGGUCCCGGAAGGGCAUGGGAUGGUCAGUCUGGAACAAGUCACGCGGGAGACUCAGGGUCACGCCGUCAUUAGGUCCGCUCCACGGUAGGUAGCAGAGAGCGACAUUUCAGAGGCGUCCUGAAACGCACGGAGCCCACAGAGCAUAUUUCAGGGGACCGGGGGCCUCAGAAAUGGGUCCAGCUGGCUCACACGCGGGCUUCGGGUCGAGAUCAGCGGUUUGGCCCCGCUCUGCCUCUCACCAGGUGCCGAGUCGCUUCUGUUUGCAUCUCAGCCUUCUCGUGUGUCCCGUAGAGUCAGGCGCUCCUGUCUGCCGCCCUGGGAGCCCGGGCAUACGCUCCAUAGUGAAUUUGAAAGUUCCGUCUAAAGGGCAGCAGCUUGCAGCCCGAGUCUCAGGCGCGGGUGUCACAAGGGUGCCCCGGGCCACGUCCUCAGGUCCAUAUGACCCUCGUCCGGCUCGUCACAUCCCCCCCCCCCCCCCCCCGUCAGCUCUUCUGCCCUCAGAGGGUAAAGGGCAGCCUCUGACCCCCCUCUCUCCCCUCCCUCCCGGAUCCCCCCCCCCGCCCCGGGUGCCCGGCCCAGGUUUCAAGGAGACGGCCUUCCUGUAUGCAAUGUCCUCCGCUGCCCUCACCCACACUCUGGCCCGGGCCUGCAGCGCCGGGCGCAUGGAGCGCUGCACCUGUGAUGAUUCUCCGGGCCUGGAGAGCCGGCAGGCCUGGCAGUGGGGCGUGUGCGGCGACAACCUCAAGUACAGCACCAAGUUCCUGAGCAACUUCCUGGGGCCCAAGAGAGGAAGCAAAGACCUGAGGGCACGGGCGGACGCUCACAACACUCACGUGGGCAUCAAGGCAGUGAAGAGUGGCCUCAGGACCACAUGUAAGUGCCACGGUGUGUCGGGCUCCUGUGCCGUGCGCACCUGCUGGAAGCAGCUCGCCCCGUUCCGCGAGACGGGCCAGGCGCUAAAACUGCGUUAUGACUCAGCUGUCAAGGUGUCCAGUGCCACCAACGAGGCCUUGGGCCGCCUGGAGCUGUGGGCGCCCGCCCGGCCAGGCAGCCCCACCAAGGGCCCGGCCCCGCGGCCCGGGGACCUGGUCUAUAUGGAAGACUCGCCCAGUUUCUGCCGGCCCAGCAAGUACUCGCCCGGCACGGCGGGCAGGGUGUGCUCCCGGGAGGCCAGCUGCAGCAGCCUGUGCUGCGGGCGGGGCUAUGACACCCAGAGCCGCCUGGUGGCCUUCUCCUGCCACUGCCAGGUGCAGUGGUGCUGCUACGUGGAGUGCCAGCAGUGCGUGCAGGAGGAGCUCGUGUACACCUGCAAGCAUUAGGCCUGCGGCCCGGUGUGCCAGGGGGGCGCUGCCAGGACCCCGCGGUGCUCGGCCACGUGGAGGCCCCCCAGGCAGGCGCACGCGGCGUGCACCCCGAAGUCGGUGCGCGCGCGCACUCCUCUCCACUGGUCCCGGCAGCCCUCCCCUCCCCCGACACCCAGCAAAGAGAGGUUGCGGGGGGACUGGAACUGAGGGUCCCCAACCCCGUUGGAGCAGGAGAGCAGAGUAGGAAAGGAUGCGGGGGGAAUAAGGGAGACCAAAGGAGGAAGGACUGAGGGUUUUUUGAGGGGGGACCACCUCGCUGUCUCAAUUCCUCGGAUGAGUGGCCUAGAGCCAGCCAGGCUGGGCCAGCAGGGCGCUGGGAGGCAGUGUCAGCGUGUGGCUUUGCUGGGCUAGAGGUGGGGGCGGGGGGCGGGGCGGGGAAGGCCAGGUGG